CAGAGAUGCUAAGUGAUGAGCCAGAGAUUGAACCCAUGUGUGACUGCUCUAGAGCCCAACACCCCCACCCCUCCUUCUGUCAUGCCGACCCCAGUCCUUAAGCUGCAGUUGGUUAGGUUCCGACCUGGGACUGCUCAAGAGUGGGGAGGCCUCUAUCCCCAGCACCCUGAGUCUGGAGGAGUCGGAGAAUGGGGCAGCUGGGGCUGCAGUCUUCCCUCAGUCUCUCACUAAUCCUCAGCCGAGUCAGUCAGGUCAGGGUGAUGGGGUAAAGCUUGUGCUGAGCAGACUCCGGGCCGCCCUGGCACACUAGUGAUUCAGUACCAGAUGUGUGGCUAGGGCAGAGGCAACGGUGACUUUUCGGAAGAGGAGGUGGCAACAGCACACGUGGGAGUGCAGUGAGGUGCCCUCCAGCCCUCCCAGGCCCCUUGCCGUCCUGUCUUGGGGCCAAGGGAGACAGCCCAGGGUGGCCCAGCCUCCCUGCCUGACCGCAGCAGGAAGCCCAUGGUGGUGCCGAGUGAGCGGGUGAUGGACAAGAGCUGGGCAUGCAGGAGCAGCGGGAAUGCUGGGCCUGGCGUGGUGCCUGCUGUCCACUUCCACCCCAGGCUGGGGACGGCAGGGCCUGAGGAGGAAGCUGAGGAUGACGCUGAGGCCUCCCCCACACUGGGCCCUGUCCUGCCUCCUUGUGGUGCUGCCCUGGCCUCUGGCCACACCAACAUCCACGACCCUUUGGCAGUGCCCGCCCGGGGAGGAGCCCAACUUGGACCCGGGGCAGGGCACAUUAUGCAGGUCCUGCCCCCCGGGCACCUUCUCAGCCUCGUGGGGCUCUGGCCCAUGCCAGCCCCACUCGCGCUGCAGCCCUCGAGGGAGGCUGGAGGCCCAGGCGGGUACAGUGACUCGAGACACACUAUGUGGAGACUGCCAGCCUGGGUGGUUUGCCCCUUCAGAGGUCACCCGUGUUCCCUGCCAGCCAUGCACCCGGACAGCUCUGGGUACUCGCGGCUGUUAUGAGCGGGGCCAGCGGGCCCGACGUGGUGUGGAGGUGGCAGCCGGGGCCGGCAGCACUGGGGAGACACAGCAGCCUGGGAACGGCACGCGGGCAGGCAGCCCCGAGGAGACGGCUGCCCAGUACGCGGUUAUUGCCAUCGUGCCUGUCUUCUGCCUCAUGGGGCUGCUGGGCAUCCUGGUGUGUAACCUGCUCAAGCGGAAGGGCUACCACUGCACAGCCCACAAGGACGUCGGGCCUGGCCCUGGAGGUGGAGGCAACGGAAUCAACCCUGCCUACAGGCUUGAGGAUGCCAAUGAGGACACCAUAGGGGUCCUGGUGCGCCUGAUCACGGAGAAGAAAGAGAAUGCAGCAGCCCUGGAGGAGCUGCUGAAGGAGUACCACAGCACACAGCUGGUGCAGACCAGCCACGGGCCUGUGCCCAGGCUGCCGCCCGGACGCCCCAGCACACCGCACGUCUGUCCGCACGGCCACCACCUCCACACUGUGCAGGGCCUAGCCUCACUCUCUGGCUCCUGCUGCUCCCGUUGUAGCCAGAAGAAGUGGCCCGAGGUGCUGCUGUCCCCUGAAGCUGCAGCUGCCACCACUCCCACUCCCAGACUCCUGCCUAACCCAACCAAGGCUCCCAAGGCCGGGGCCAAGGCAGGACGCCAGGGCGAGAUCACCAUCCUGUCUGUGGGCAGGUUCCGCGUGGCCCGAAUUCCUGAGCAGCGGACAAGUUCAGCGGCCUCAGAGGUGAAGACCAUCACAGAGGCUGGGCCCUCCGGAGGAGAUCUCACUGACUUCCCACAACCUGACCUCCCCACUGAGCAGCGGGCACUGCUGGGAAAUGGUGGAAGUCAUACUAAGUGGCCAAAGCCCCCACUAGAGAAGAAGGCUGAGGAGAACCGCUAUGUGGUCCGGCUAAGUGAGAGCAACCUGGUCAUCUGAGGGGCUGUCUUGUCUGAGGACACUGCAGCCCUGCCUGGGAGGUUCCGAAGGCUUCCCGCAGGAGGUACAGCUGCAGCUGGGCCUGUGAUGAUGGAGAAGCAAUGGCCCAGCAGACAAAACAGCCAAGGCCCAGGCCUGGAGGUGGGAGUGUCCACCCCAGUGAGGAGGCAGGCCAGCUGGUAGGCGCCAUGUACAGGAGCAGGUCAAAAGCCCCUCCCCUGUCCUUGCCACCCGGUUCCUUUCCUGCAGGAUGUCCCUGACCCCGUGCCCGGGCCAGAUCCUAGGAUCGUCUGUACCAUCAGGAGGCUAGGCCUGAUGGUGGGGAGGGGCCCUGUUGGGCACCCCUGGCCCCACACCUUGGUAUUUAGCCACUUCCUGCCUCUGAACAGGGCCCUAGUGCAGAUGUACCUCCCCCUCCUCUUCCAGCAGGACCUGUAAAGGGCAGGGGCAACUAAAUAACGUAGGCUGGGAGGCUGAGUUCUUGGGUUCUAACCCUGGGCAAGUCCCCGGCCAUCACUGGGUCCCAGUUUUUCUGACUGUGAAGUCUCAGCGCCCAGGGCCUCUCCAGCUCCUUGCAGGCUCUGGGCUGGGUUGUGUUGAGGGAGAGCUUGGCUCCUUGCCACCCCUCCCCCUAAUAGUUUUAUCUGGCCCCAUUAUUUGCUGCUUCUAGGGCUUCCACCUUCAAGGCCCCCAUGGGGCUGCCCAUCCAUGGCUCUGCCUAAUAAUGCAUGUGCCUGUCCCCACAUCCUGCUGUUUUUAUUAAAAUGGAAAAAAACAGACUUGACCUGGGUAGGGCUGUGGUACAAAGCCCCAGCCUGCCCAGCCACCCCCAAGAUCUCAGGAACUUUGGGGUAGGGGUGUGUGACUGGCUGGAGAGGUACCUCUGGCCUAGGUGGUUUGUGUCCCUGUGGUGUUGGUGCGUCUUGUCCCCCAGCCUGGGCAGUGCGGGCGACUGCCCAGCCCGUCUCCAUCCUGGCUCAGUAACCUGGUUAUUUAUGUGGAGCUGUGCAGGCAACAGGCCCCACUGCCAUCCCCAUUUCUCUUAUUUAUUUAAACUUUGCUGUUGUCCUGUUCUUGUGUAUCCAUCCCCAUCCAUUUGUUGAAUAAAAGGUGGGAAAGUGGUGUCACGAGGA